UCAACUUUGACAUUUAAAUUUCAAAAAUGUGCAACAAAACUUCAUCAGUUUGUUUAUUAUUUAUUUUUUAAAACAAAAAUACAAACUGAUUCCCUACAAAUGGAUAAAUUAAAGAAAAAAAUCACAACCGCCUUCAAAUUAAGUGGCUAUGUUAUUCGAUCAGAAAACUCCACCUACUUAGCCGAACAAUUACUUCCAUUUGAUCCUUCCGAACACGACAAAUGGCUCACCACAGUCAUUGAAAAUAUCCAAAAUCUCAAAAUAACUUCCACCAACAUUGAUCGAGCUGUUAUUGAAAAAGCUAUUGUGGAAAUAAAUCGUGUAGGCUUACAAGAACAUGAAACUAUAUUCGAUGUCAUUGAUGCUUUCAAAGCUCCACGAUUUAUAUACAAUUUAUUGAGUAGAAAGUUUGAAUUGGAUAAGAAACCGAGAUCUUUACUUGCUGACGGUUCAAUGCAGGUUAACUAUCUUCUUCAUAGAUACAAUAUGCUUUACCAAAAGACUAUUCGUCAUGAAUUAUUUUCUCCCACGAUUUUGGAGAAAUCCAGUGGCGAAGAAGUCAAGAAAUUCAAACUCCUUAAUGUCGAGAAUUUACUCUCUUCGACUGAAGUCAAAGAAGCUGUGAUAUUGGGUCAACUCAAUCAAAUUGAAGAGCGUAAGUUGUUUAUUGAAGAUCCCACAGGUUAUGUCGAAGUCGAUUUGUCCGCUGCUCGUUACCACGCUGGAUUCUUCUGCGAGGGUAUGUUUGUCCUGGCAGAAGGAUCCUAUGACAAUAAUAUCUUUAAAGUUGAUGGUUUGGGUUUUCCUCCAGCUGAACCGGCUUCGAGUAGCCGGGCUUUCUUUGGCACUGCCAAUAGUUGGGGUGGUCCUUCAGAGAAGCUUCUUAAGUAUUCGGUGGCUCUUCAGGAAGCCGAACGGACAAAUACAGAAGCAACGAUGGUCUUUCUAGCUGAUGUCCAGUUAGAUUUGCCAGAUGUUUUAUCGAAACUUAGGAAACUCUUUGUUGGUUAUGAUUCUUGUCCACCUGUUUGCAUAGUCUUGAUGGGACCUUUCUCGACGACAACUCACAAUUACUACGAACUUAUUCCCCUUUUUAAACAGCUCGCUGAAGCAGCUAAUGGUUGUGAUCAGUUAAAAAAGGAAACUGAUUUGAUUCUUGUCCCACAUCCAAAAGAUCCGAUUUCUUCGGACAUUUUCCCUCGGCAUGGCAUUCCGCCGGCUCUAUGUAAAGAUUUGCUAAAAGCUUGGCCGCGUACCAAAUUAGUAUCGAAUCCCUGCCGAUUGCAGUAUUGUACGCAACAGAUUUUGAUCCUUCGAUUGGAUUUGAUGGCGCGAAUGGCUCGAAAUACGAUCCACUUUCCCGAUAAGAAGAAUAUAGAUAGUCACUUUGCUCGGACUAUUAUUUGCCAAGGGCAUUUGACUCCGUUUGGGAAAUAUGUGAAUCCCAUCUACUGGGAUUAUGAUACUUCGAUGUGGUUGUAUCCACUACCCGAUUUGGUGGUGAUUGGAGAUACAUGUCAAUCGUUUAGUACUACUCAACAUGGUUGUACGAUUUUAAACACAGGAUCUUUUCCAAAAUCUAACUUCUCUUUUAAGAUGUAUAUUCCAUCAACGAAAACAAUUGAAGAUUCAGAAAUUCCAGAUGGAUUUGAAGACGAGGAUGCAAGAAGUGAAGAGGAACCGGAGGAAGAAAUAACAGAAGAUUAUAUUGAGAAUAGAGUUCUUGUGAAUAAUGGAAUUAACAAGGAUUUAUUAAAUCAACAAAUAAUGGAGGAAGAAGAUUCGACAACAAUUGGUGAUUCGGAAAUAGUUAGUAUUGAUGAUUCAGAAAUUCCAAGUGUUUCUGGAUUGGGUAAUAGAGAUGAAGAGGAGGUUUAUGAUGAGGAACCAAGUGUAUCGGGAUUAAAUAAACCCGAGGCUAUAAGUUCACUUACAGAAGAAGAAGAACGACAAAUUAGAUUGAUUGAAGAAUUGGAAUUGGAAUCGGAUUCUAGUGAUGAGUUUUAAAUGUUUUAAGUCUUAAGUUAGCCUUGUGUUAUAAAAUAAAAUUGUUUUUUGUAAGAAAA